CGUCGAGAAACGGGCAGACAACAGUCGGGCACGGGCUAGUGGGGUUAAGUGCGCGUUGGGUCGUGUGCUUUUUGCACGACGAAGUUGAAACACAACCAAAUCGAACGAACACGCAAAACGACCGUCCAUCGCUACACGGUUUAAAAAAAAAAAAACAACAACGGUGUUGGGAUUGAUUAUCAAAUAGAAAGAUGAUGACCGACGGCUACAACAACGUCGACCAGUACCCGGACGGGUACAUGGAACAGGAGGAGGAAUGGGAGCGCGAGGGACUCCUCGAUCCCGCCUGGGAGAAACAACAGAAAAAGACAUUCACAGCAUGGUGUAACAGCCACUUGCGGAAGGCGGGCACCGCCAUCGAGAACAUCGAGGAGGAUUUCCGCAAUGGUCUGAAGCUGAUGCUGUUGCUGGAGGUGAUUUCCGGCGAAACCCUGCCCAAGCCCGACCGCGGCAAGAUGCGCUUCCACAAGAUCGCCAACGUGAACAAGGCGCUCGACUACAUCGCCAGCAAGGGCGUUAAACUCGUCUCCAUCGGUGCAGAAGAAAUCGUCGACGGCAACUUGAAGAUGACGCUCGGUAUGAUCUGGACGAUCAUCCUGCGUUUCGCCAUCCAGGACAUCUCGGUUGAAGAGAUGACGGCAAAGGAGGGUCUGUUGUUGUGGUGCCAGCGCAAGACCGCCCCAUACAAGAACGUCAACGUGCAAAACUUCCAUCUGUCGUUCAAGGACGGUCUGGCGUUCUGCGCCCUCAUCCACCGUCACAGGCCCGACCUCAUCGACUACAACAAACUGUCCAAGGACAAUCCGUACGAGAACUUGAACACCGCCUUCGACGUCGCCGAGAAAUACCUCGACAUUCCCAGAAUGUUGGACCCCGACGACUUACAGAACACAGCUAUGCCAGACGAAAGGGCAGUGAUGACAUAUGUGUCCUCCUACUACCACUGUUUCUCAGGUGCACAGAAGGCCGAAACUGCCGCCAACAGAAUCUGCAAGGUCCUGAAAGUCAACCAGGAAAACGAACGUCUUAUGGAGGAAUACGAACGUUUGGCCAGUGACCUGUUGGAAUGGAUCAGACGCACGAUGCCGUGGUUGUCGUCCCGCCAGUCGGACAACUCGCUGGCCGGCGUCCAGAAGAAACUGGAGGAAUACCGCACCUACCGUCGCAAGCACAAGCCCCCACGUGUCGAGCAAAAAGCCAAGCUCGAAACCAACUUCAACACCCUCCAAACCAAACUGCGAUUGUCCAAUCGUCCCGCCUACAUGCCCACCGAAGGCAAAAUGGUCUCUGACAUCGCCAACGCCUGGAAAGGUUUGGAAGGCGCAGAAAAGUCGUUCGAAGAGUGGCUCCUGUCCGAAAUGAUGCGCCUGGAACGUCUCGAACAUCUCGCCCAGAAGUUCAAGCACAAGGCCGACGCCCACGAGGAAUGGACUCGCGGCAAGGAGGAGAUGCUCCAGUCGCAGGACUUCAGACAGUGCCGUCUCAACGAGCUCAAGGCGCUUAAGAAGAAGCACGAGGCCUUCGAAUCGGAUCUGGCUGCCCAUCAGGACCGUGUCGAACAGAUCGCUGCCAUCGCACAAGAACUCAACACUUUGGACUAUCACGACAGCGUCAGCGUAAAUGCCCGUUGCCAGCGCAUCUGCGACCAAUGGGACCGUCUUGGCGCUCUCACCCAGCGCCGCCGUCAAGCGUUGGACGACGCCGAACGUAUCCUGGAGAAGAUCGAUAUUCUGCACUUGGAAUUCGCCAAGAGGGCUGCUCCGUUCAACAACUGGUUGGACGGCACCCGCGAAGACUUGGUUGACAUUUUCAUUGUGCACACUGUCGAAGAGAUCCAGGGACUCAUCGACGCUCAUGCGCACUUCAAAGCAACAUUGGGCGAAGCUGACAAAGAAUACCAAAGCAUUGUAGGACUUGUUAGGGAAGUAGAAUCUAUUGUCAAGCAACAUCAAGUACCUGGAGGAUUGGAGAAUCCUUACACAACAUUGACUGCUCAUGAUUUGACCCGGAAAUGGGGAGAAGUCAGAACUCUCGUGCCACAAAGAGAUGCCACUCUUCAAGCUGAACUUAGAAAACAACAGAACAACGAGAUGUUGAGACGUCAAUUCGCCGAAAAGGCCAAUGCAGUCGGUCCAUGGAUUGAACGUCAAUUGGAUGCGGUCACCGCCAUCGGAAUGGGACUUCACGGCACUUUAGAAGAUCAACUGCAUCGUCUCAAAGAGUACGAACAAGGAGUGUACGCCUACAAGCCGCACAUUGAGGAACUGGAAAAGAUUCACCAAGCUGUACAAGAAAGCAUGAUUUUCGAAAACAGAUAUACACAAUACACAAUGGAAACCCUGAGGGUUGGAUGGGAACAACUCUUGACCUCGAUCAACCGCAACAUCAAUGAGGUAGAGAACCAGAUCCUGACGCGCGAUUCCAAAGGCAUCACCCAAGAGCAAUUGAACGAGUUCCGCGCCAGCUUCAACCACUUCGAUAAGAACAGGACAGGCCGUCUGACACCAGAAGAGUUCAAAUCGUGCUUGGUGUCUUUGGGCUAUUCGAUCGGCAAAGACAGACAAGGCGAAAUCGAUUUCCAGAGGAUAUUAGCUGUAGUCGAUCCGAACAGUACGGGCUACGUACACUUUGAUGCCUUCCUCGACUUCAUGACCAGGGAAAGCACCGAUACCGAUACGGCCGAACAAGUCAUUGACAGUUUCCGCAUCUUGGCUUCCGACAAGCCUUACAUUCUUCCCGACGAACUAAGGAGAGAACUGCCUCCAGAUCAGGCCGAAUAUUGCAUCCAGCGCAUGCCGCCGUUCAAGGGACCAGGAGCGGUGCCGGGCGCCCUCGAUUACAUGUCGUUCUCGACGGCCCUGUACGGCGAAUCCGACCUUUAAGUUAAGCUCUCACCAGAUCGGUGAUAAUAUUAGCCAUAGGGUUACCGAGAAUCAUAUCUCAUUGCCUUACCCAUCCCCAACCCCCCUUUUAUCAUUAUAAAUAUACAUAUACAUUAAUAUAUAUUUAUUUUUGUUUUCCGACUGGCAUUCUCAACGGGGCGCGUUGAAAAUGGCAUGUCGCAGAGCUAGUACAUCCGUCAUGAUCGAAUCGAUACCGAGCAGUUAUUUUAUUUUAGAUAUUAUAUUUAUUUAUUAUGUAACUAUCGCUUGGUACGUUGAGUUUAUUUCGUUGGCGGUCACCGUCACUUGAAUAUCUUAAGUAUUUUUUUGCAAGCGCGAUAUAUUUAUUUAUGUAAGCUUCAUGUGUACAGAAGUAAAUGCUCUUUAUUGCCAGUAAGUAAGCUCAAAGUUUUUAAUUAAGUUCAAACAACAAUUGUGAUGAAGAGCCUUUAUUGUUAUUUUUUUUUUCGGUUGAAUUUUAUUAUUUUAAAAAUGUAAAAAAGAAAAAAGUUUAUUUGUCUCCAAAGUAUACUAACUUAAAGUUAAAAAUAAAGAUUUAUUUAAUUUAAAUGAA